CAGAUAUUUUUGCUCUGUAAUGAGUUUAGAAGCUUGACGUUGACGGAUGAGCUGUCGGAUUUAAUCUUCGUUUUCUUUUCUAUUCAAAAAGGAUUUCUGGAACGUCAUUGGCCGUUCUUGUACAUUUUCCCGCGCAAUGUUGGCGGAGGCUAAUCAGUUAUUGGCGGCUUCCGUGGUGGAGGAGGUGAUCGAACAGCACGGGAGUAAGUUGGGAAACGUUGAUUUGUAUGCUGCCAGAAAAGCUGAAGAAGCGUCAUUGAGAAGAAAUGAAGCAGCUAGUUCAGCCGGGCUCUGUGCAGAAGGUCAUUGAAGCUCCACCAGAUUCUGCUACCGUCGCUGAUGGGGCAGCGCUUUCUGCAUACCAAUACUUCGAAAAUGUACGAAACUUUUUGGAUGUGGUGGAGCAAAUGGGGCUACCGACGUUUGAAGCAUCCGAUUUGGAACAGGGAGGAAAACCAUAUAGAGUUGUGAACUGUGUUCUCGCGUUGAAAUCAUAUAGCGAGUGGAAACAAGAAGGUGGAAUUGGGUCCUGGAAACUAAGCGGAAAUGUGAAACCUACAUCAUGUGGGAAGCAAUUUCUUCUGAAGCAUUCUGAGCCAUUCAUGAAUUCCAUUUCACGUACCUCAUCAGCCAUUGAAAAGGCUCUUGAAAGUAAUUACCUUGAGAAUGAUCAUUGCGAGACGGAGCAAUUGGGAUCCUUGAAUGUACUAGUCAGCAAACUUCUAGCUGAUAAGAAACCAGAAGAAAUACCACUUGUUGUGGGCAAUUUGCUAAGUAAAGUUAUGGAAGAAUUUGAGCAUCUUUUAUCCAGCUGGAAUGAACAGAUUAAAACAGUGUCUCAAGAUAUUCAUGUUACACCUCAUUCUCUUAUUGAGGUUCCUCCCACAGAGAUGAAGAUUGAAGAUAAAGAGACCUCCACAUCAGUUGUUGAAGAAACUUUUCACCUUAGAGAAGUUAAUAACAUCAUAUCAAAAAGGCAGGAUGAGAAGCAGCACAUGCUGAUUAAGCAACAACAACAAAAUAUACAGGACCUGAAAUAUACCAUUGAUGAUACAAAAAAAGAGUUACAUUGUCUACAAGUAAAAUAUCAUGAUGAAAUCAAUACUCUAGGUAAACAUCUACAAGGCUUAGCUCAUGCAGCGUCAGGAUACCAGAAAGUUUUGGAGGAAAACCGCAAGUUGUACAAUCAAGUGCAAGAUCUUAAAGGAAGUAUAAGGGUGUAUUGCCGGGUGCGGCCGUUCUUGCCUGGGCAACCAAAUCGUCUUAGCACUAUUGAGCAUGUGGAAGAGGGAAGCAUUACAAUAAUCACUCCUUCAAAAUAUGGAAAGGAGGGAAAGAAAAUGUUCACUUUUAACCGCUGUUUUGGUCCAUCUGCAACCCAAGAAGAAGUAUUUACAGACACACAACCUCUUAUUCGAUCUGUCCUUGAUGGAUACAAUGUUUGUAUAUUCGCUUAUGGUCAAACAGGAUCAGGAAAGACCUACACUAUGUCUGGACCUGAUGAGCUCACAACGGAAACUGAAGGUGUCAAUUGCAGGGCAUUAGGUGAUCUAUUUAUCAUCUCAGAGCAAAGAAAAAACACAAUGGCUUAUGAAGUCUCAGUUCAGAUGAUUGAAAUUUACAAUGAACAAAAGGGUUUAAAUGUACCUGAUGCAAAUAUUGUACCAGUCAAAUCAACAUCAGAGGUCCUUAAGUUGAUGAACCUUGGGCAGAAGAAUCGUGCAGUGGGUGCAACAGCCAUGAACACUCGUAGUAGUCGUUCCCACAGUUGCCUCACAGUUCACGUCCAGGGAAGAGGCCUGACAUCUGGAACAAUACUUCGUGGUUGUUUGCAUCUGGUUGACCUGGCAGGAAGUGAAAGAGCCGAUAAAACUGAAGCAGUUGGUGACAGAUUGAAGGAGGCUCAGCAUAUCAACAAGUCUCUCUCUGCUUUAGGAGAUGUGAUAUAUGCCCUUGGUCAUAAGAGUUCACACGUUCCCUACAGGAAUAGUAAGCUUACCCAACUUCUUCAAGAUUCUCUCGGGGGGCAAGCCAAGACAUUGAUGUUUGUUCACAUUAGUCCUGAGGAAGAUGCCAUUGGAGAGACACUUAGCACUCUUAAAUUUGCUGAGCGUGUGUCUGCUGUUGAGCUUGGUGCAGCACGCGCAAACAAAGAUAGUUCUGAGGUCAAAGAACUCAAAGAACAGGUUGCUAGUCUAAAGGCAGCUUUGGCAAAGAAGGAGGGGGUAAAUUCAAGGUCAAGUAGCCCAGAAAGGAAAAUGACAUCCUGUGGAUCUUCAACUUCUUGUUCUAGCUUGCAAAGUUUUGGAGACGUGCAAAUCUAUGAGCAAGGGCAACUUAUGGAGGAUGUUGGUGACAAUGGAUCGGGUAGGAAGAACUCUACCGCAACUGGGGGAAAGCAAAGCUUAGAUGCUCAUGACUCUCAGAUGAACACACUCCCAUGUCAACCUAGUUCUAGUCCUGGCUCAAAUGAAUACGAGAGAGAUGCAGUUACUGGGGAAUGGGUCGGCAAGGUUAUGGUUAAUAAGAAAACUGGUAUCAGUAGGGGUUAUUCGUUAGGAAGAUUGGAUGAGCCUACUAAAAAACAGCCACCGGAGAUGUUAUAUGACAAACUUUCAGCUGAUGAUAGUGUGAAGGUGCACCCUGAACAACAACAAAACGCCGUUGCUGUGGAUGAUCCCGACUUUGAUGCUACUACCAGUGACUGUUCUUCGGAACAUGACUCCAUUUGUCAAAUGAGCAUUUCCAAUGUCCAUAACGUUAAUACAAACGGUGUGGCAUCCAAGUUGAGAAGGCCGAGUCCAAAGCGAAUCAAGAGUCCAGAAAUUAGGAGUUCGAUCCCACCACCAUCAAGGAGACUCUCAACUGGGAUGCUUCUGCAACCGUCCACACAUAAAACUGGAAGACAAGCCCCAAAUGCAGAUGCCAAGAGAAGAGCGGCAAGUGGCAAGUGAGAAAUACAGGUCAUUUAGCAGGACCUUUUAAAGGGCGACAACUAUGGUGAUGUGAUUUCAUGUACAAAAUUUUGGUUUUUUGUUUUAUUUUACUUGUAUGUAUUACAUGUAUGUAUAUCCUGUGCAAUCGUUGUUCAUUUUUAGAAAAAGGGGACAAAGGAAGAAAGGUUAUUGUUUCAAAGAUACUGCUAAAAUUCUGGUGGGUCGAAAAUAACAGGUAGAGUGUCAU